AAAAAAGGUUCAAUACCGAGAACAUUAUACCGACAACAUGUCCUCGGUAUAGACAUUUCAUAUGCGCGGGACAUUUUCGCGGUUCUGAAUAGGUUUAGUUGCUAUACCGAGGACCUAUACCGAGAACAUGUUCUCGGUAUAGGGUUUAUAAAUAUCACACUCAGCCGCGAAGCCCCUUCUCCUUCCUCUCUGGUUUCUCUGGGUUUUCUCCGAAACCUCCGCCUCCCUCCGCCGAUUAUAGUCGUUUUCCUCCAUAAAAGCUCGGUUUUAAGCCCCAAAAUUGCCAAGGGUGAAGGAAUUUCUGUGUAUUUGUUGAAGGUUGGGUAUUCGGUUUUUGUUGGAUUAUAGGGAUUGCUAGCAAGAUAUUGAAGGCAUUGAUAUGGCUGAUGUUAUUGCUCAAUCUCACGGGGGUGAUGGUGGAGGAUGCGAUCCUCCACGUGGACCGGCAGAUAUCCCAGCUGAUUGUGAACGAGCGCCUCCAAGUAAACGUGGACGCCAUAAGGGAUUGAACACGCGGGAAAAGAGGGAACAGUUGGGGCGUCCUCUCCCUCUCGAGUGGGAUGUGCGGGGGAGAACAUAUAAAGAGAUCGGAGAGUACAGCUCAAAUUUCUCAAGAGAGCUCGGAUUACUUGUUCGACAGUACACAGAUCCGGACUGUCCUCAAUGGUCAAAAGUACCAAAUGCCUCGAAAGAAAGAAUACUUGCACAUUUGGAAGAUGAUUUGUUUGAUAUUGGGCGUACUAGAUAUGGAGAAGGGCAUAUGCCUGGGAUCUUGAGAGGCAUUGAUACUUCGUGUGCUAAAAAGUAUUCUGACUGGAAGUACGAUAUUAAAGAGCACUUAACGAUUAAUGGGCCACAAAAUCGUUAUGGUGGUUGCACGGAUACGCAGUGGCAAAAAGCAAUUGAUUUUUUCCGUCGCCCAGAAAUUACGAAACGUUCUGUGGUCAACAAGGAAAAUAGAAAGAAAUUGAAAGAGCUUAGCUAUGGAGGUUCUCAGUCAAUCCCAGCCUUACGCUAUAAAAAGCGCAAUUUAGAGACUGGGCAACUUGAGUCCAUCCCGGAUAGCUGGAUGGAUACUCACCAUAAAUCAGGCACAGGGUGGGUGACAGAGACAGCAAAAAAUACUUGGGAGGAAUUGCGUGCAUACCGCGACACACAGCAGACACAGGCAACUGAUACUGAGAGUUCCACACCAGUUUCGAGUGCGCCUGAAGAUGAAGACAUAUCUUUGGUACAAAAUGUCUUCGGAAAACGACGGGGCCACCAGAAAGGAUAUGGACGUAUCCUUAACAUAAGGGACCGAACUCCAUUUGAUUUUCGUCCUUCACAAACUAGAGAUGAAGAGUUGUCUGAGAUGAGAGAGCGUCUUCGACAGUUAGAGGAGCAUGUCCGGACUCAUUGUAUCACCCCGGGAUCUCAAUCUGCCCCACCACCACCACCCGAUGAUCCUGAUGUUGGAGCACCGACUCAGUAGGACUUAUGUAUGAAUUUUAUUACAAUUGACUAUUACAUUAUCAUGUUUAAGACAAGUCUUUAUUUUAAUUCAACGAAUACACUCUUAUGUUUUUUUUUAUAUCUUUAAUAUAAGUGUUUUAAUUUUA